AUGCCUCCCUCCGGCUCUGUCCGCACGGCUCGCCAGCCACGAGACACUGGCUUCCCAGAGCCGUUUGCCGCACGUAUGAUGCCCCAAUCCCAUAGCCAGAAAACCCGACUAUACUUUUUAUCAAAAAAAAAGGACGAGCAGCUAAUCAACAAACUACCAGUUCGCAACACGACCCUGCCUCACCCCGACGCCGACCUGUCCCCCAACGCUUGCAUCGGCCAGGACGACAUCCACGCCGACCUCGUCAUGAAGCGUCGCGGCAUGUCCUUCCUGCACCGCGCCAAGAAGCCCAAGAAGACGCUCAGCCACGGCAUCGUCCCGGCGAGCGCUAGCGUCGUCUCGCUCACACCUUCGGCCGCCGCCGCCGGCAGCAGCAGCACCAUGCUGCCCCAGAGCCGCAGCCGAAGCAGUAGCACCAUGCGGCGCCAGAGCCGCAGCCGAAGCAGCAGCAUCCAGCCGCGCCCCUGCUCCCAGCCCUCCAUCGUCGAGACGCCCCCGAGCCCGACCGUCUCCAAGCACAACAGGGACAGCUUCGCCACGACGAGGCGCGACGACGACGAGACGCCCCCGACGUCCCCGGAUGACGUCUCGACAAAGUCGUCGCGCGGCCUCUUUCGCAAGCUCCGUCGACACCACUAA